AUGGAUUCAAGAAAUGUUCCCUCGUACGAUCAAGACAGCAAUUUGGUCACUCCUUGUUUGACAAGAGAUCAAGAGCAUGUGAUCAUGGUCUCUGCUUUGCGACAAGUGAUGAUAUCCAACUCUGGAGGACGUGACAUUACUACUUCCUCAACAUGCGAAUCACGUCUUCCACCUUUGGACGCUGGUCCUUGUCCUCUUUGUGUUAUCACUGGUUGCUACGGUUGCGUAUUCCCACGACAUGGAGAUCAUAUCGUAAAGAAGGAUCAGAAGAAGUACAAAGGAGUUAGGCAAAAGCCAUCAGGUACAUGGUCGGCAGAGAUAUGGGAUCCGAGUUUGAAAGUAAGAAGAUGGCUUGGAACGUUUCCAACAGCGGAGAUGGCUGCACAUGCUUACAAUGAUGCGGCGGCUGGGCUUGUCGGAAGUAAGGGGAAGAGAAAGUAUGCAUCCACCAAGAAGACGACGGUGGAAGAUUACUGA